AUGUCGCGUCCCAUACCUAUUCGAACAAAAACCACAUCUCACUGUAUCCCAAAGGAACCCUUGGAUUCACUCGAAUCCCCACCUCCAUUGUUUACCUAUUCAUCAUCCCCCGAUGAGCCAGAUGAGCCCCUACCACUAAACGCCUGGGAUGCAUCAAUAAAAAAAGCCACCCAAGAUGACGCUAAUAUUGAGCGACUCAUUGCAGAUCCAGGCACGAAGCUUCUUGGGAUGUGCUGCGGAGGGGGAUGUUGCUUGGUCGCGGCGAAAACUGACUCAAUCGACUCGGAACGCGUUGAGCAGCCAGAUAACGCGGCAUAUCGUUCUCUACAAGUAAAUAUCGAAAAGAUUCCUACCACUCUGAGUGGAAUUCCAGACAUACCAGCACAAAAUGUAUCAAUACUUCCCGUCAAAGACGACGUUUCCCCAGAAUCAGACGAGGCCCCCGGAUAUCUUCUAAGCUCUCCCUCAAUGGAUUCUACCCCACAAAAAACCUCUAAUCCUGUUGACACCACAAUUCAUCCGCCGAACUACGUUCAGCCACAUCCUCCAUACAACCUCUUCUCGGCACACAUCUUCAAUGCCCGUAAAUUGACCAAACCGGGCGCGGAGAAAAGAACAUAUCACUUUGACCUUGACGUGACUGAUUAUCCUUCAGAAAUAGGAGUAGAUUUUAAAGUCGGCGGUGCCAUUGGUAUCAGCGCACCAAAUAAUCCGGCAGUAGUCGAAGAUGUAUUCAACCUUCUUGGCAUACCACGCUACCUCCGCGAUCGUCGAAUUCUUCUGAAAACCAACUCUGGUCGAUGGCCAACCGUAUGGGGUGAUGAUCAAGCUCGAGAAAUUAUUACGACUCGCAGGGAUCUUCUCACCUGGUGUGUAGAUCUUGAAUCUUCUCCUCCUACCAAAUCUAUCCUUCGGCUUCUUGCCGAGCACGCUAGCUCAGUAUCUGAAAAGAAAAUACUUCUCUUCCUCACAUCUACCGAGGGCCAAGCACAUUUCUGUAACUUACGUACUAGUUCCCAUAUCACCAUUCCUCAGCUUCUACAUGCAUUUCCAUCCUCACAGCCACCUUUUGAAGCGUUUCUUUCGCACCUCAAGCAACUUAUGCCGCGCUUCUACUCUCUAUCUGCCGAUCCACACGAAUCAAAUACUGCAGCAAAAGGCUCUAGCAGAUUUAUCCAGAUUGCGGUGACCGUACACGAGAUGGCAAGCUGGAACGGGGACGUGCGAACCGGAGUUGGAUCUGGCUUUCUCGAGCGCCAAGCACAAAAAUUUCUGGAUGCCGAGAAGCAGGGCAUUGUAGUUGACCUUCGAAUACCCAUAUUCAAAGGGCUGAUGGCCAAUCCACUUGCACGUGAAUUCGUCGUCGAUGGUCCAAUGUUACUCAUCGGAGCAGGCGUUGGUGUAGCUCCAUUCCGUGGCUUUGUUCAACGUCGUCUCCGGAAUGCUAACUGUGUGAAUAAAGUUUGGGUUCUUCAGGGUAUACGAGACUCUCUGUUAGAUGAGCUCUAUAGCGGCGAGUGGGGGAUGCACGAGGGCGAAGUUAAAAAAGUCGUACAAAGCCGCAAGAAUAUGGGACAGGGUAAAUAUGUGCAGGAUGAAGUUCGUGCACAAGCAGAUCUUGUCUGGUACAUUAUCAACAGUCUCGAUGGACGCGUAUUUGUCUGUGGCAGUAGCAGUGGUAUGGGCAAAGGCGUGGAAAACGCGCUCAUUGAUGUAGCUAUUGCUAAGGGAAAUUUGGACACGGAAGGAGCACAAAAAUUUUGGGCAUUGAAAAAAGAGGUCGGACAAUACAUCUCCGAAACAUGGUAG